UGGGCCGGACCAAGGCGCCUUUCCUUGGCGCGGGCUUCCGGGAGGGCGCCGGCCGCAGUCGGACCACUUCCUGGUGCGUGGGGCCGCCGUUCCCGGGCGCGGGAGAAGGAAGCCACCGUCGUCGGGGCCUCGGCGGCAGGUCCGGAUAGGGGCCAUGUCGGGCUCCUAUUCGGCGGCGGAAGAGGAGGAGGAGGCCAGGGCGUCCGACUCCCCGCCGUCUCCGCGGGCCUCCGAAGGCGGAGAGCGCGGCUGGAGCGAAGACCAGUUCCGGCGGUACAGCUUCCAAACGCGGCCUAUCCCCAGGCUCCGCCACGGAGACCCGCGCGCCGAGGAGCUCAUCGAGAACGAGGAGCCAGUUGUUCUGACCGAUACAAAUUUGGUAUAUCCUGCCCUGAAAUGGGACCUGGACUAUCUUCAGGAAAACAUUGGGAGUGGGGACUUCUCCGUUUACAAAGCAAGCACUCACAAGUUUUUGUAUUACGAUGAAAAGAAAAUGGCAAAUGUUAAGAACUUCAAGCCAAAGUCAAGCAGGGAAGAGAUGAAAUUUAGUAAUUUUGUUGAGCAGCUCCAAGAAAUCCAGCAGCAGGGUAGUGGAGAAAGAUUGUAUCUGCAACAGACUCUAAAUGAUACAGUUGGGAGGAAAAUUGUGGUGGACUUCCUCGGCUUUAAUUGGAAUUGGAUUAAUAGGCAGCAGGCAAAACGAGGCUGGGGUCAGCUGACAUCCAACUUGUUAUUGAUUGGCAUGGAAGGAAAUGUGACUCCAGCUCAUUAUGAUGAACAGCAGAAUUUCUUUGCUCAGAUUAAGGGAUACAAGCGGUGUAUCCUGUUCUCCCCUGACCAGUUUGAGUGCCUGUAUCCCUAUCCUGUGCAUCAUCCAUGUGACCGGCAGAGUCAGGUUGACUUUGACAACCCUGACUACGAGAGGUUUCCAAAUUUCCAGAAUGUAGUUGGAUAUGAGACUGUGGUUGGCCCAGGCGAUGUCCUUUAUAUCCCUAUGUACUGGUGGCAUCAUAUUGAGUCUUUGCUGAAUGGAGGAACGACCAUAACUGUGAAUUUUUGGUACAAGGGUGCCCCAACCCCCAAAAGGAUUGAAUAUCCUCUUAAGGCUCAUCAGAAGGUGGCAAUAAUGAGGAACAUAGAGAAAAUGCUGGGCGAGGCCCUUGGAAACCCCCAAGAGGUGGGUCCUUUGUUGAAUAUGAUGAUUAAGGGGCGGUAUGACUAAUCCUUGGCCACUGCAGUGACGGAUGUUGGAGCUGCUUCUUCAGGUGGAAGAUACUGAGUGUUAGUUUUGCACACAGCACUUAAAGACUGAAGGGCUCCUGGCCCAGUUCUUCUACAGUCCACACCCACAGUUCUUCUACACGCCACACCUCCCAUUCAUCCCUCUUUCAACUUCUCUGAAUCAUUUGGAAUGCAUGCUUACUAAACAAAAACCCACCAGCAAGAACUCUUGUGUUCCCUGAUUGCCAGGUUGCAGAGCUUGAUACAUGGUACCUAACUGAUGCUUCAGAUACGACAAAAUACAUAUAAGAAGGAAAACAGUUCAAGCUGAUAUCACCACCUCUCGGGCACAUCCUCCUAAUAGGGUAUCUGAUGUUGUAUGAAGGGAUAGAUUUAAAUUCAGGUUUAAAAUCAGGAGUCUGUCAGAACGGGAGGGAGCAUUAGGCCACAUAAUACUCUGGUUGUGUUUUGUUUACGCAGUAGAAACAUAUAUAAUGAAUGGCAUCUGUGUGAGAGAGAAGUAGCUAGAAAAAAAAUCAACAUUUUAAUCUUCCUUUUUUACCUCAGCAUUAGAAAACAUCCACCUCAAAGUUAUCUCAUCUCUAAUCCAUAUUUUGUUAAAGACAGCCUUUCUGACGGAUGGCACAAUGUCUUCAUUUAAAGCACAUUUUUAGUUAAAAGAGGAGGAAGAGCAGACAGUGAUGGAAACCAGUCUUCAGCUUUACUGUGUUAAAGUAACAUAAAAUUCUGCGCCGGACAGGAGAGGGUUUCCUAUAAGACCAAGUGGGGUUCCUAGGUCCUCUUUUCUACUCUCAGGACAAGCCAUAGUGACUUCCCUUUAUCAACAAAAUUAGGAUGCAAUGCGGUUCCCUUUCAGCCCCCACCUAGAAAUGUUAAUUCAUUAUGUCCUCUGCCUUCUGCAUCAUUUUAAUGAUGAAUGGAUAGAGAACAGAACACAGCAUAGAUGCAGUAAUAUUCUUUGGAGUAGGUUUUCUUUAGAUGCUCAAAA